CCGGAGUUGAAUCUUGCAAACUGUGACGACAUCUUCCCAGCUGAGUAUGAGCUUCCACGCUCGACAUCCGCAGUGCCUUUGGAGCCCUGAUUGUGGAUAAAUGGAUUCUGAUCGGAUGGAUUUCCUCAGGUCACGACUUGAUCAAAUGGAGUGGCGUUCACCACUCGCACGCGCGAUGAUCGACGGCAGCAACGCCAUCGAGAGCGACCUCAAUGCUCCCAGAGUCAGACAUAUGUAUCUGGGAAACAUGCAGAAAAGUCGUCCGCGCGUUGAAGAGCAAGGGCACAUGCUUCACGACUCGCGACUGGAGCGAAACAGAACAAAGUUCCCUAUGUCAAUGACUAGGCACCGCUCGUUGCGACGAACGACCUAUCCAAGCUAUCGUUGUCCAUUCUAUUAAUAGCGGCUAGACGUCACGCAUCCCUUUCCUCUAUAUAAACUGCCCUGCUACAUCCAUCGAUUCCCCAGUCCCUGCACUCACCCCGCAUCGUAUCUUCUACCUCUCACACAACCACUACUACUCUCAACACAAUGGGUUGGUUCGAUAGCUCCUCUGACCAGGCUGCCGCCUACGACCAGGUCGUCAACGCCCCUCACAAGGCUGAGCUCUCCCACGAGCUCCUCGCUGCCGCUGCUUCCUACGAGGCCUCUAAGGCAUACGAGAACCACAUCGCUGAGAACGGCCAGCCCGACAGCCACGCGAAGGCGAAGGAGAUCGCCGCCUCCCUUGCCGGCGCCUUCAUCGAUCGCAUCGUCGAGACCAAGGGCCUCGAUUUCAUCGACAAGGAGCGCGCCAAGCGCCAGUCCACGCAGCAGAUCGACGAGGUCGUCACCGUCGACAACUACUGAGUGCAGCAUAGUCGAAGCAGAUAUGUGUAUGUAAAGUAGCGACUCGAUUGAGCAUUGUAUACCAGUUACCUGUCGACUCCCCCAAACACUCUAGAGGGGAAAUGUCAGCAACGUGCAAGCCG